AUGAUGGCAGCUUCGUCCUCCUCCUCCAACCUCAGUGAUCAUCUCGUGCAAGAUGACCUCCCAUGGCCUGCUUCUUCUUCUUCCUCCCUGCCAUUUGCUCCUGCUCCUCAUCACAGCGCCAUUAUUGGAGGCAACCAGCUAUGGUGCCAGCAACCCCUAACUCUAAACUGUGCUGAUCGCCAUCACUGCGAGGAGCUUGAGGUGCUCCUCUCAGCACAAGGCGGGCAGCAUCACAGUCACAGCAGCCAUCCUUCUCCAGUGAUCCCUCCCCAGCUCAGUUCUCUGCUAAUGAUGCAAGACCUAGGGUUCCAAUGGAGCAACUGCGGCAGCAGCUUCCUAGACACCUCGUUGUCCAUGCCGCCCAUGAACGGCCAGCAGCACGAUGGCCACAACAAGAUCAAGGAGGAGGACACGCUUAUGAACUCAUCAAGGUCAUCGUGUGCGAGCACAGCUAUAGCAGCUUGCCACGAUGUCGUCCUCGACGGCCGCGGCGGCGGUAGCCUCCCUGCCAUGGCUGUCGCCGCCGACCCUGACGGCGCGACCGUGCUCCCGAGCGUCAACAUCUCGCGGACGACGACGACGACUCACCAGAGGCCGUUCCUGGCGGCGCCGCCGCCUCUCCCGGGCGACGCGUUCGAGAUACUGGCUUCGUCGAGGCUGUGCAAGACCCUGCUGCUUAGCCAAGCUUCUUCAGUACUGCUCCAUAAUGGCACGAUGCCUUUGUUGAGAUCAGAGCAUGUGCCCUAUGGCCCUCCUCCUCCUCCUCCUGCUGCUCAUCCCCAUGGACCAUCCAUUGACAACUACAAGCAGAUGGGUGCGUCGUGUGUGGAUGCUGCGGGAGGAGGCCGCCAUUGGAGCGCGGAGCACGACGCGGCGUGUCAAAGCAGGUCAGCAGCACGCCCGGUGCCGUCGCAGGCGCCGUCGUCGAAGAAGCCUCGAGUCGAGCAGCGGUCCUCCUCCACCACCAUCGUCCCUUCUUUCAAGGUAAGGAAAGAGAAAUUAGGGGACCGAAUCGCUGCUCUUCAGCAGCUCGUUUCACCAUUUGGCAAGACUGAUACUGCAUCUGUACUCAUGGAGGCCAUUGGUUACAUCAAGUUUCUUCAAGAUCAAGUCGAGACUUUGAGCCGCCCCUACUUGAAAUCCUCGAGAAGUAAGAAGCCCAAGCCAACACAGCGGGGGUGUUCAAACGCGAAUGCUGCUGGGGAGCAGGAGGAGACAAGGGUUGACCUCCGCAGCAGGGGGCUCUGCCUGGUGCCUCUGUCGUGCACAUCGUACGUGACCAACGAGAAUGGAGUCUGGGUGCCACCAAAUUUUAGGGGAAACUAG